GGUGGCCUGUGGCUUCCUUACGAUUCUGCUACUUUCGAAGAACAGCCACUCUCAGAACCAACAUCGCCAAGUUUCAGAUCGCCGAUAUCGACUAUACACUGUGCACGCACUACGUUUAUGGGUACGCGCAAAUUGACAACAUCUCCAGGACAAUUGUUGCCCAGGAUCCAACCACAGAGGAGGGAACCGACGGACUAUACAGGCAGUUUGUGACUGCCAAGAUCAGGUUCCCUUCUAUUAAGACAAUGCUGUCUUUGGGAGGGCCUGGCAUUGAAGCCGUUCGACAGUUAGAGUCCAUGGGACGCAACGACAUGAUUCUCCAGGGAGUUGCCUUGUCUGUUGUCCCGUUCCUACGAAUGCGUGGAUUCGAUGGUCUGGAGGUUGACUGGGCAACCUAUACCGAGACAGCCAAGAACACCCACGCUAGACUUCUCACG